AUGGCGGCGUCGCUCGUGACCGCCGCCGCCGCGGCGCGCGUCGCGCGAUGCGAUGGCGCGUCCGCGAGCGCGGGCGCGACGCGGACGACGACGCUUCGAGGCGGUCGUAGUCGUUUCGGAGCGUCGUCGUCAGCUCAUCGGUUUCGUCGCGUUCGCCUCUCGCCCAUCGUCGCUGCGUCGUCAUCCUCUGCGGACGACGACGAAGACACCGCCGCGAGGACGGCGACGGCGACGGCAACGGCGGCGGAGCGGAGCAAGUACGAGGAAACCUCCGGCGCGGUCAAGGCGCUCGUCAGCGGCCUCACCGCGAUCGUGAACGCCGUCGGAUCCGUGACGUCGUCGUCGUCCUCCGGAUCGAACGACGGCGCGAAGCUGACGCGCAAGGAGCGAAGAGACGCGCGGCCGUUCCCGUCCUCGCCGCGCGACGCCACCGCGCUGCGCGACGACAUCGCGCGCGAGUUCACGGAAGCGAAGUACCUCUGGACCGGGGACAUCAACCCGGAGAUGUACGACUUGUUUUGCACGUUCACGGACCCGACGUUGUCGUUCGCGGGGUUGCAGACGUUCGAGACGAACCUGAAGAACCUCCAGCCGGUCCUGCGGAGGCUCGUCAGGAACAGCAACGUCGAGUUGUAUUCGUGCGAGAUCGUGGACGACGGGAGCGGCGGGAGCGGCGGUGGGAGCGGCGGCGGCGGCGGCGGCAGCGUUCGCGCGAGCUGGCGGAUGACGGGUGACCUCAACCUUCCGUGGCGCCCGAGGAUCGAUCUGACCGGGCAGACGACGUUCGGGUUUAAGGACGCCGGGGUCGAGCGCGGGUGCUUGAUCGUGAGCUACCUCGAGGAGUGGGGGAUAUCCGCGCUCGAUGCGGUCGCGCAGCUCGUCGCGCCGUUCAAGUGGUAG